CUGCCUCAGCGGUUUACCACAAGGAUUACUCUUUUUUUUUCUGUGUGUGUUCUCUGUGAUCUGAAAUGCGACACGCUUUGGUCCUGGUCUUUGUGUGCGGUCUGAUGAUCGCCCUGACCUCUGCCGGUCUGCUUGGCGGCGGAGGAGGAGGUGGCGGCUAUGGAGGAGGCGGAGGCGGCGGCCAGGGAGGCUACGGAGGCGGCGGCGGCCAAGGAGGUGGCGGCUACGGAGGCGGCGGUGGCGGUGGCAAGCAUGGAGGCGGCGGAGGUGGCCAGGGAAGCUAUGGCGGCGGCGGCGGUGGCGGCAAGCAUGGAGGCGGUGGCGGCGGACAAGGAGGCUACGGAGGCGGCGGUGGUGGUGGCAAGCACGGAGGCGGUGGCGGCGGACAAGGAGGCUACGGAGGCGGCGGUGGUGGUCAAGGAGGCUAUGGAGGCAGCGGCGGUGGUGGCAGCAAGUCCCUGGCCGGAAACCGCGGCAGCUCCGUCUCCUGGCAAGGUGGUAACUCUGGCGGCGGCGGCGGCAAGCACGGCGGUGGAGGAGGCGGCGGUGGUGGCCACCAUGGCGGCGGUGGUGGUGGUGGCAAGUACGGAGGCGGUGGCGGUGGAGGAUGGUAAAUCCAGUCCACCAGCUCCAACCCAAAUCCUUACCAAGGGCAGCCAGUCCUCCGGCUGCUGCUGACAUGUGUUCCAUGGCAUAGAGAUAGUGGACAUCCCCCGGAGAGAUCCCGAAUCCCGAUUCCUUUUUUCAAUUCCCACAAAAUUGAAUGCCUUUCUAUUUCUGCCUGUUUUCUAAACCUAAACUUAUUUUUUUUUUAAUUAAUAAAACAAUUAUACGCA